AUGGACAAAUACGAACAAGUGAAGAAAAUUGGUGAAGGUUCAUUUGGAAAAGCUAUUCUUGUAAAAUCAAAAGAAGAUGGGCAUCAAUAUGUCAUCAAGGAAAUUAACAUAUCUGGGAUGUCAAGUAAAGAGAGGCAAGAAUCUCGAAAAGAAGUUUCUGUACUUGCCAACAUGAGCCAUCCCAACAUAGUUAAAUAUAAAGAAUCAUUUGAAGAGGGAGGCUGCUUAUACAUUGUGAUGGACUAUUGUGAGGGAGGAGACCUCUUUAAGAAGAUCAAUUCUCAGAAGGGAAUGCUUUUUUCAGAGGCGCAAAUUGUUGAUUGGUUUGUGCAAAUUUGCCUCGCUCUGAAACACAUACAUAAUAGAAAAAUACUUCACAGAGAUAUAAAAUCACAGAAUAUUUUUUUGACGAAAGAUGGAACUGUACAGCUCGGAGACUUUGGAAUUGCUCGAGUCCUUAAUAGCACUGUCGAGUUGGCAAGGACAUGCAUUGGGACACCAUAUUAUCUGUCCCCAGAGAUCUGUGAAAAUAAGCCCUACAAUAAUAAAAGUGAUGUUUGGGCUCUAGGCUGUGUCCUGUAUGAAAUGUGCACUCUUAAGCAUGCUUUUGAGGCUGGAAACAUGAAAAACCUGGUGCUGAAAAUAAUCCGCGGUUCAUACCCCCCGGUGUCUGUCCAUUACUCCCAGGAAUUACGCGGUCUCUUAGGUCAACUGUUUAAACGCAAUCCUAGAGAGAGGCCUUCCGUUAGCAUCAUUUUGGAGAAACCUUUCCUUUCCUCCAGGAUAGAGCGCUUCCUCACACCACAGUUAAUUGCUCAGGAAUUUCAGCAUACCUUCAAUCACAAGCAGCCUAAAGCGAGUGGGGCACAGGGGCAAUCAGCUAAGCGCCCAGCUCCCGUUGCCAUUCCACUGGCUCCAGCCCAGAAGAUCACCAAACCAGCCUGUAAAUAUGGAGUGCCUUUAACCGUGAAGAAGGUUCCAGAUGCCUUUAAGAAGGCUGUGGACAAGAAACCAGCAGUGAAACAAAAACAGGCCCCUCCCCCAGCUGCCCCCCAGAGGAGAGUGAGUCAAGUGGAGGAAGAGAGGAAAAAACAUGAGGAAGGUAUGAGGAAGAAGAGAAUGGAGCUGAUUGAUAAGGAACGAAAACAAAGAGAGCAGAUGUUCUUAUUAAAAGCAGACCAAAUGAAAAGAUAUGAAAAGGAAAAGAUCAAUCGGAUAAACCAGGCCAGGGAGCAGGGCUGGAAACAUGUUUUAAGUUCCAGUGGUGGAAGCAGUCCAGAAAGAAAGUGCUUCAUUGGUGGUGCUAAAAGGGCUUUACCCAUAAGCCCCUGUCAUGUCCCGAGCUCUGCCGCAGGACACCCUCCUAAAAGUUCCUAUAAUCCUUAUGUAGCACUGGACCAAAUGUCUAAACCAAAAUCUGGAGAUGUCUGCAGGAAUGGAUCUUCUGCAAGCAGUGUUGUUGGUGCCCAGUUUGCUGCUGGCCCAGUGCUGCAGCGCCACAGCCCUGACAAAGUAAACCAUAAUUUCAUCAAACAGGAGCUACUGAGGCUGCAGCAUGUUUCAAAGCAGACCCCCAUACAUAGGCAUCGUGGUAACGUGCCUGCUGAACGAGCCUUUCAAGUUGAAGAGUUUUUACAACGAAAAAAAGAAGCCCUGAUCAACAAAGUGCGUGCUGAGGGACAGCUGGGUUUGCGGCAAAACCUGGCAGCCAUCUUAGGAAGUCGAACUGUCCGCUGCAGGAGACCUCGGGCCAACAAAGAGGAGGAGGAAUACUUGGCACGACUCAGGCAGAUUCGGUUGCAGAACUUCAGUGAGCGGCAGCAGAUCAAAGCCCGGCUCAGAGGGGAGAAGUAUGACAGUGAUGGCUCUGAUAGCCAGGAGUCCAGUGAGGAGGCGGAGCUUAGGCGUAAGAAGAUUGAAGCUGUGAAGGCUCAAGCCAAUGCUCGCGCUGCCGUCCUGAAAGAACAGCUGGAGAAGAAGAGAAAAGAGGCCCAUGAGAAAGAGAAGAAAGCAUGGGAGGUUUAUCUGGCAGCUCGGGGGAAGAAGGUUAGUCCAGCAGUGUCGACCGCUGCAGAGACAUCCACCAAGUCAGAUGCUGCGCAGGCUCUGGUUCACAGGACGCCGGCUGAGUCCUGUGAACCAGAGCCUGCAUUGCCCUGCUCCUCUCCACCCACACCAGCUAUAUCCAUGACCGCCGCCCUCCACAAUGUCGGAGCGAUGGCAUCACUGAAAGAGACAGUGGCUGAGCCACAGGGAGCACUAGCCACCCAGAGUGAGAACAAGGUCAUCCUGAACAUACUGAACGAUAAUCUAAAGACCCAGGCAGGAGGUGAUGGGGAAGCGAGUGCCCCCUCUCUUCCUCACCCCUCUGUCAGCGAAGAGCAAUCUUGUGAUUCAGAAAGAAAUGGAUGGGAUGAAGCCGGAGUUACAGAGCCGCCUAUGAUACACUCCAAAUCAAGUGCCACUGCUGCCACCACUUUCACUGGGUCUUCAGAGGAACAACCAAACUCUGGCGGGGACAGGAAAAAGUGGGAAGCUGGAGUUCCUCUUCUACUUCCCACAUCUGAAACUUUGGGGGAAUCCUGUGUCACAACCAUAAGUCACACACUCACAGCAGAAGUUUUUCAGUCAAGUGUUCCUAAAGAUGAGGGUCCCCGAAAAGUGUGGGGUGUGAAUCCUGACUCUCAAGUUCUGAAAAUCCUACUAGAGGCAGAACUGCAGCCUCUCACUCAGAAACUCGAAAACACCAGCAUCUGUGAGGGAGACCUGUCCAUCAACGUUUCACAGAAUGAGCCCGCAGAGGUUGAACUGAUACAGACUCUCGACCCUGAGCCAGCUGUUGACCUUCAGUGUGCAGAUGCUCAGAAGGAGAGUCCUGUUGUAACAGAAGUCCCCCAUCAGGGAACGACUGAGGCCCAUGCGGACAGCACGCCACUGCCAGAAAACUACUCUGACUCACUGGAUCCAGAAGACAUAGAGUCAUUAGUUUUGGAAGAACAACCAAAACCAUGUCAACCUCCUCCAGCUGAUGUGCAGCAGGCCUGGGAGGACGUACAACUGCCUCUGCCAGCAGGUGGAGAUGCAGGACCAGCAGGUGGAGAUGCAGGCCCAUCAAACCAGUUUGACACUGAAAAGCCUGCACACAAACCAGGAGCAGUGCAGAGCGAGGAGCCACUGUUUAUGAAGUUGUGUUCCCCGGCCCACCGCCGCACCGCUGCCCUGGCUCUGCUCUCGGCUCAAUCCUCAGUGGACGAAUCGUCAUCUUCUCUUGCUUCACGGUCUCGAUCAGUCUCGCCUAUACGCUCCAAACACAACUCCCUCCUCAUCGGCCUUUCCACUGGCAUGUUUGACGCCAAUAACCCCAAGAUGCUGCGGACUUGUUCCUUACCGGACCUCAGCCGUUUCCCCAGCUCCCAGCGAGAGGCAGAGGUCAAUAGUAACGCAAAUGUGGUCCCAGAGGAUAACUUGGAGAUUGAAGAUCUGGAGGAGACUGCCAAGGAUGAUGAUCAGUCUGAGCCAGAAGAUGCCUACGAGGACGAGGACUUGCGAGACAUCCGGGCCUCGAUGGAAAGACUGCUCCAGGAGGAGGGAGACCUUAUGGACUGUCCCACAGAGAUGGGAGCGGGAGACUUUAAUGGCAAUCCUCCGGACAUACGGCAGCAUCAGCUUCUCCAGAGGAUCGCAGCCGAGAUGGUCGAGCAGAACAACAUGAUGGCCAUGGAUAAUGACGAGGAUGAGGAUGGCGAGGAAGAUGAAGAAGAGGAUGAAGGUUCGAACGGUAGUCCGGGCGACGAGGAGGAGGCCGGGUUGCUGCUGAGUAAUGGAGUGAGCGGAAGAAGCCACAGCAAUAAUGGACAACUCAAUGAAGAGUGGCAAUCAGACGGCAGCGGUGAGGAUCAGUGCAGCGAACCAGAGCAUCAGGACAGUAUCUUCAGCCGACUGGAAGAGCUGCGCUUCAACCUGGAGCAGCAGAUGGGAUUUGAGAAAUUCAUUGAGGCAUACAACAAGAUCAAGGCUAUACAUGAAGAUGAAGAUGAGAACAUUGACCUUGGCUCCAGUUUCGUCUUGAACAUUUUGGGAACCGAGCACCAGCACCUUUAUCCCAACAUCUUGCAUCUGGUCAUGGCUGACGGAGCAUACCAAGAAGAUAAUGAUGAGUGA